AUGAGUUUCUCGACAGCCACCAGAAUCCUCUCUGGGUUGGAGAAAGUCAAAUCAGAAGAUGAACGUAUACCCAAGAACUUAUCCUUUAAAAGCCAUGAUUCGAAGGAUUUAUGGGUGGAAUUUAAAUCCCAACAACCUCCAUCCUCAGAGAGAGUGGACCAGCUGAGCUCAGAAGGUCCCAGUGGUGAGUCUUCCCAGCAGCAUCAAACACAGCUGGACUCUGUAUUUAUGAAGAUCCAGAAGGUUCUGAGUCCAGAUGACCCAGACUGCUCAGAGAGUCAGAGAGAUGAUGAGGAGGUGUUGGAAGGUGAGGAUGAAGAGCAGAGGAGGAGCAGCAGAGAGGCACUGAUGAAGAUCACUCUGAACUUCCUGAGGAGGAUGAAGCAGGAGGAGCUGGCUGACCGUCUGCAGAGCAAACAUCAUGCUGCAGUUUGUCAACAUCAACUUAAAUCUGGUCUGAAGAAGAAGUUCCAGUGUGUGUUUGAGGGGAUCGCUAAAGCAGGAAGUCCAACCCUUCUGAACCAGAUCUACACAGAGCUCUACAUCACAGAGGGAGGGACUGGAGAGGUCAAUGAGGAACAUGAGGUCAGACAGAUUGAAACAGCAUCCAGGAAACCACACAGACCAGAAACAACCAUCAGACAAGAAGACAUCUUUAAAGUCCCACCUGGAAGAGAUCAACCAAUCAGAACAGUGAUGACAAAGGGAGUGGCUGGCAUUGGGAAAACAGUCUUAACCCAGAAGUUCACUCUGGACUGGGCUGAAGACAAAGCCCACCAGAACAUCCACUUCAUAUUUCCAUUCACCUUCAGAGAGCUGAAUGUGCUGAAAGAGAAAAAGUUCAGCUUGGUGGACCUUGUUCAUCACUUCUUUACUGAAACCAAAGAAAUCUGCAGCUUUGAACACUUCCAGGUUCUGUUCAUCUUUGAUGGUCUGGAUGAGAGUCGACUUCCUCUGGACUUCCAGAACCAGGAGAUCCUGACUGAUGCUACAGAGUCCACCUCAGUGGAUGUUCUGCUGACAAACCUCAUCAGGGGGAAACUGCUUCCCUCUGCUCGCCUCUGGAUAACCACACGACCUGCAGCAGCCAAUCAGAUCCCUCCUGAGUGUGUUGGCAUGGUGACAGAGGUCAGAGGGUUCACUGACCCACAGAAGGAGGAGUACUUCAGGAAGAGAUUCAGAGAUGAGGAGCAGGCCAGGAGGAUCAUCUCCCACAUGAAGACAUCAAGAAGCCUCCACAUCAUGUGCCACAUCCCAGUCUUCUGCUGGAUCACUGCUACGGUUCUGGAGGACGUGUUGGAGACCAGAGAGGGAGGAGAGCUGCCCAGCACCCUGACUGAGAUGUACAUCCACUUCCUGGUGGUUCAGACCAAAGUGAAGAAGGUCAAGUAUGAUGGAGGAGCUGAAACAGAUUCACACUGGAGUCCAGAAAGCAGGAAGAUGAUUGAGUCUCUGGGAAAACUGGCUUUUGAUCAGCUGCAGAAAGGAAACCUGAUCUUCUAUGAAUCAGACCUGACAGAGUGUGGCAUCGAUAUCAGAGCAGCCUCAGUGUACUCAGGAGUGUUCACACAGAUCUUUAGAGAGGAGAGAGGAGGACUGAUCCAGGACAAGGUGUUCUGCUUCGUCCAUCUGAGUGUUCAGGAGUUUCUGGCUGCUCUUCAUGUUCAUCUGACUUUCAUCAAUUCUGGUGUCAACCUGAUGGAAGAAACAGAAACAUCUAAGAAGUCUUUAUUUUCUAAGAAACCUAAACUAAAGUCUUUUCUCCAGACAGCUGUUGAUCAGGCCUUACAGAGUCCAAAUGGACACCUGGACUUGUUCCUCAGGUUCCUCCUGGGACUUUCACUGCAGACCAAUCAGAGACUCCUACAAGGUCUGCUAACACAGACAGGAAGUAGCUCAAAGACCAAUCAGGAAACAGUUCAGUACAUCAAGGAGAAGAUCAGUGAGAAAGUGUCUGCAGAGAAAAGCAUCAAUCUGUUCCACUGUCUGAAUGAACUGAAGGAUCGUUCUCUAGUGGAGGAGAUCCAACAGUCUCUGAGUUCAGGAAGUCUCUCCACAGAUAAACUGUCUCCUGCUCAGUGGUCAGCUCUGAUCUUCGUCUUAGUGUCAUCAGCAGAAGAUCUGGAUGUGUUUGACCUGAAGAAAUACUCUGCUUCAGAGGAGGUUCUUCUGAGGCUGCUGCCAGUGGUUAAGGCCUCCAACAAAGCUCUACUAAGUAACUGCAACCUGUUGGAGAAAAGCUGUGCGGCUCUUUCAUCCCUUCUUGGAUCCCAGUCCUGCUGUCUCAGAGAGCUGGACCUGAAAAACAACAAUUUGAAGGAUUCAGGAGUGAAGCUUCUAGCCAGGGGACUAAAGAGUCCAUGUUGCAGACUGGAGUCACUGAACUUGUCAGGCUGUCUCAUCACUGAGGUUGGCUUUGCUUCUCUGGCCUCAGCACUCAAAUCAAACCCCCACCACCUUCAACAGCUGGAUCUAAGCUACAAUCAUCCAGGUGACUCAGGAGCUAAGCUGCUUUUGGCUGGACUGAAAGAUCCAGACUGGAGACUUAAAACUCUAAGAGUUGAGCCUGCUGGUGAGCAUUACAUUAAGCCAGGUCCAUGGAGGGAUUCAUGUCGGCUGACGUUUGACCAAGACACAAUAAACCAAAACCUCAAACUAUCAGAUGACGACAGGAAGGUGACAAACAUAGAGGAAGCUCAAUCCCAUUCUGAUCUCGACAGAUUUACUGUUCCUCAGCUGCUGUGUAGAAAUGUUCUGUCUGAUCGGUCUUAUUGGGAGGUCGAGUGGAGAGGAAAAAUAGAGAUAUCAAUAACUUACAGAGGAAUCCGACGCAGAGGACUUAGUAAUGACACUGUGUUGGGAAAGAGUGAUGAUUCUUGGAGCUUGACCUGCUCUGAUGAAGGUUUCUUGGUCUGUCAUUAUAAGAACAGGAAAAUCCUUUCAUCAUCCUCCUCCUCAUGCGUCUCUAACAAAGUAGCGGUCCAUGUGGAUUGUCCUGCUGGCACACUGUCCUUCUACAGAAUCUCCUCCGACUCACUGAUCCGUCUUAACACCUUCAACACCACAUUUGCGGGGCCUCUGCAUUCUGGGUUUACAAUCUGGCCUGGUUCCUUCGCUUUGCUGCGUUGAGUGUUACAUGAUAAUUUACUCAAAAUUAUACUGUAAGCUGCUAAUAGCAUAAUGUGUAGAUUUGAGCACCAAAUGGUUCGUGCUGAACCCUUUAUACCUUUUUCUCUCUUAGCGGAUCAAACCUUUCUUUAUUUGAGUUCACUGUCUACCUUGUACAAAAAUUAAGGAACAAGCAGGCAUAACGGCGCUGGGUGUAUCCAUCCCAUGACUUUCCAUAUUAAAUUAUUUCUAUCAUACAUAAUAAUUCCUAAAAUACAUAAUAAAACCCAAACAUCAGUACGGUAAAGUUUUAGAGACAUGUUUUAAAGUGGUACCUACAUCAAAGACAAAUUAGAAUAAAAUGCAACCUGUAGAACAAGCUCCAGUUCCCAGUGGGGUUGGAAGCUUGGCUAAAGACUGGCCUCCUAUUCCCUGAAUAAAAUUUCCAUAAACGGAAUUAUCUCACAGAAUGGACCACUGCAGACAACCGAGGGAUUUUUGCUUUUUAGGAAAUUUUAGAUGUUUAGGUUCUUAAGUAAGCAAUACAAUAAUUUCAUUUGUUUUAUAUGCAGCAGGUUUGUGGGACGUUAAUCUCGUUGAUGAUGUUUAAAAUGUUAUUAUUAACAAAAGCUAUAGGUAUAUUUUUUAUUUUAUUCACUCUCAUCACCCUUUCCAAUAGUUGGCUGCAUUGAAAAGGGUGAUGAGACUGAAUAUAGAACUGUGGUGGGCAACUUUGUCACUUGGAGCGACCUGAACCAUCUGCAGCUCAACGUGACAAAGAC